AUGGUCUGGACUGACCGAGAAGGCAAUACAGGAGCUAUUAAACCGCUCCUUACUGCAGGGCUUCCCCAUGACCUGUGGGGAAGAGAUAUCCUCUGCAAUAUGGAGGUUGUUCUAACUACCAAUGAUAAAGAGAGGGGGAAACAUGACGAUGGAAGAAAAAAGGAAGCAAAAAUUAUAAAGCAAUUGAAGACUAAACUCAAGAAAGCACAAGAGAGCCAGAAGGAGAGGAAGCUGCUGCUCGACAUGUACUGCUCUGCCCCAAAGGAACAGAGAGACAAAGUGCAGUUAAUGGCAGCUGAGAAGUCUAAGGCAGAGUUUGAAGAUCUCAGACAAAGACUCAAGGAUCUGGAGGAUAAGGAGAAGAAAGAGAACAAGUAAAUGGCUGAUGAGAAUACCCUGAGGAAGAUCCGGCCUGUGGAGGAGCAGAUCGAGUAUCUGCAGAAGAAGCCAGCCAUGGCCAAGCAGGAGGAAGCUCUCCUCUCUGAGAUGGGUGUCACAGGCCAGGCCUUUGAAGACAUACAAGAGCAGAAUAUCUGUUCAAUGCAGCAGUUGUGGGAGAAGGAUGAUGCAAAUUUCAAGUUCAUGUCAGAGCGGAUCAAGUCCAAUCAGAUCCAUAAAUUGCUUAAAGAGGAAAAGGAGGAGUUAGCAGACCAGGUUUUGACUCUGAAGACUCAGGUGGAUGCCCAGUUACAAGUAGUGAGGAAACUGAAAGAGGAGCACCUUCUUCAGAGUAACAUCAGCACAGGAGAGAAGGAGCUGGGCCUCAGGACCCAAGCCCUGGAGAUAAAUAAGCACAAGGCAAUGGAGGCGGCCCAGCUUGCAGAUGACCUCAAAGUGCAACUGGAGAUGGCUCAGAAAAAGCUCCAUGACUUUCAGGAUGAGAUCGUGGAGAACAGUGUCACCAAGGAAAAGGAUUUGUUCAAUUUCAAACAAGCCCAGGAGGACAUCUCUAGACUUCGAAGGAAGCUGGAGACCAUCAAGAAGUCAGACAAUGUGCAGAAGUGUGAUGAGAUCCUGAUGGAAGAGAUAAAGGACUACAAGGCACGACUGACCUCUCCCUGCUGUAAUAUGGAAAAAAAAGAUGCAGUGCUUACCAAGUGUUUUCAUGUAUUCUGCUUUGAGUGUGUGAAGACAUGCUAUGACACUUGUCAGUGGAAGUGCCCCAAGUGUAAUGCUGCUUUUGGUGCCAAUGAUUUGCAUUGCAUCUACAUUGGCUGA